GGGUUCGUGGGGGUCCCCGCGCGGGGCGGGGCUAGGGCUGUCCCUGGUCCCGCGCGCCGCCUCCUUCUGGGUCUCCUCCACUGGGACCUGAGGUCCAGAGCGCGGCUUCCCUGCGGGUGGCGCGAUGGGUUGCGGGAACUCCACGGCCACCAGCGCGGCCGCGGGCCGAGGUCCAACAGGAGCAGUUAAAGACACAACAGAAGACUCGAUAACGGAAGACGACAAGAGGAGAAACUAUGGAGGAGUGUAUGUUGGCCUGCCCUCUGAAGCUGUCAACAUGGCGUCUAGUCAAACAAAGACUGUGCAGAAGAAUUAGAGGAAGAUAACAUGACGGCCGGAUACUCACGAGCUUGCUCAUGAAUUUGGAAGGAACUUGGCUCCCGGGACACUGAAUGAACACAGAUAUCUUCAAACAAAUUCCGAAAGGUCGUUCCUGCUGUGCCACCUCGCCCGAAUCCUAGCUGUGUAGUGAAGACCAUGGGUCCAUACUGGAUGUUGUGGUCAUAGAAGGGACUUUGUGCCACCCACCAGUGAGAGACCAUAAAGGCUGUUGCUACCCGGCCUGGGCCACCAGGCUCCACACCGUGGUGUUUCCCCUCCUGGCCAUCCAGCACAGGUCACCAAGCGCAUGUCUUUUCACUGAUAAUCUUUUGAUAGUUUUUAUAUGACACAAUCCUUAUUGUAUUUAUAACAAGGUCAUAGGGCCACAUAAAGGAAUUACCUGAAGUAAUAUAUUGCCUCUUGUCUUUGAUGUUUCUAUGUCAUUAUUUUUUAGCUGUAAAGUUGGUAAAUGGAUUCUUAUAACCAUCUCCCUUUUUUUACUAGUUGGUUUAAAAUUUUUAUUUACAUGCUGGGAGAAUUCCCUUUGUUAAGAACAUUGCAGCAUUUGAAAAUGAACUCGUUAAAUGUGCAUGCUAUACACAUGUGGAUUCUUUUUAAAGUCCUCUUUUCUUCAGUCAAAGGCUUAAAUUAUAAAUAGUCUCCAGCCACCCAGUUGCCUGUUCUCCCCUUGUGUAGCCUGAGCAUCUCAUCAUGUUAACUCUGCACUGUCUCUUAGGACGUAACUGAGGACAGUUAAUGUUUAGUGGGGUAUCUGGGAAAUGCUUAAUUUGCUAACAAUGUGUGUAUGCACUCAUGACAGCAGUAUAAGGAUCUCAGUUUGCCAAUGUAUUUCAACAAUUAAACAUUUUUAUCCCUCUUUA